GAAAUCCUUUAUGAAAUUAUUUUAUAUUAAUAAUUCUCUCAAGGUAUUAUUGAAUUGGGUCCAAGAGUCUUCAAGGGGUAAUGUAGUUUCCAACAUUACUGGUACCUUCUUCAGGAUGCUAAUAGCAUAAAGCAGUAUUUAUCAUCUAGACCUCUGUUUAUUUUUCUUAAUAUGCUUAUUUUUUUAACUUAUUAUUUUUUUCUUAUUUGUUUCAGAGACUUCCACAGAGUGCUGAGGUGGUGAUCAAAGGAGUAUGGAGAGAGUGAGGGAAUGUUUCAAUCAGAUAUAUUUGUCAUGGAAGAUUAUGCUAAGUACAGUGUUCCUAUUGGCUUGUCUCAUUUUAGGAUUUCAUAAUAGUGAAAGGCUUAGAAGAACAGGAUUAUCUAACAUACCCAGACAAUUAUAUGAACUAUCUACAGAUUAUGGAUCUAAACUCUAUGAUUACCAGGCCAGAAUUCGUAUGCCUAAAGUCAAAAUGGAACUUCUAAGGGUGGGAAGCCACAAUUUGGAAAGCAAUUCCCAGGAAAUUCUGUCCCUGACUAAACAGAUAGAUAUCCUGAAGGCUUUACUCAAAGAUAUAAAAACCAAAAUGGACAACUACUACCUUCUGAAUGCUAAUGCAGAAGCCUCUGGAAAGCAAGACGACUCAGAUAUUACCAAUGAGGAAAUGGUGAUCUUGGUGAAUUAUGUGCUUAAAAAGUUAAGGGAGGAUCAAGUCCAGAUGGCUGACUAUGCCCUCAAAUCUGCAGGUGCCUCCAUUGUUGAAGCAGGAACAUCUGAGAGUUACAAAAAUGAUAAAGCAAAACUAUAUUGGCAUGGGAUAGGUUUCUUAAGUUAUGAAAUGCCUCCUGAUGUUAUUCUUCAGCCUGAUGUCCAUCCUGGGAAGUGCUGGGCAUUUCCAGGUUCUAAGGGUCAUACUAUAAUUAAACUUGCCAGGAAGAUUACACCAACAGCAGUUACCAUGGAGCAUAUCUCAGAGAAGAUUUCUCCCUCAGGAAAUACCUCCAGUGCUCCCAAGGACUUUUCUGUUUAUGGACUCAAAGAAGAAUGUAAAGGAGAGGAAAUCUUCCUAGGUCAGUUUAUGUAUAACAAAAAAGGGACCAGUGUUCAAACAUUUCACCUCCAGAAUGAAGUUUCUGAAUACUUGCUAUGUGUGAAACUGAAAAUUCUGAACAAUUGGGGCCACCCCAAAUAUACAUGUUUAUAUCGAUUCAGAGUCCAUGGUAAGCCAGAAAAUGAUGGCUUAGGAGCUCCUUAA